GUUUUUCAUGUUCCUAAAUUCCUCCUCGCGGCUCCAACGCAUCAGGCCCACCUUACAUCCCCCAAUAUUUCGCAUAAGAUCACCAUUUGGGUCGAAGUCCGAUGAAUUACGCCAUGACCCCAAGAUUACCUGCUUGCAGCUAGCCGAUUUUAUCCAAUGAGCUUCAAAACGGAUGGGUUUUGACUCUUGAGCGUCCCUCAUUCCAUUGUGUUUUUGCCAUAGUGCGAUUAACCAACAACGGCGCAUGACACAGUAAAGUCGAUCCAAAUGGGAAAUGUGUGUGUUCGACCAAGAUGCAACCCAUGCUGAGUUUACACACACUCUGUCUAGCCGUUCACGAACUGUAUGGGAAUUUUCUGUUUUUUUUUUAUUUAAUUGUAUGGGGGGUAUUUAAAAGCUUUAAUUACAGCAGUUGGAUAGACCCCUUUAGUUUCUUUUAGUGUCCGUUAGUGGUUUAUCUGUUAGUUCGCGCUAUUUAUCUACUCUCUCUCUCCUCACAAGCUCACCACAUUUUUUAGUCGUGGCAAAUUUUCAUGCUCUCAGCCCGUCAAUGGCAGCAACCCACAACUUGAAAAUCGGAGAUCCAAGCCCAAUCUGCUCGCUGAUUACCUCCUCUCCACACUCUUCCUUAGUUUGUAAACCUCCACUCUCAGCAAACCCCCCAAAGGGAAAUGCUUCCAACUUCUUUGGUACCACUCUUUCAAGAAUUCACAGCCACCAGAGUUCAAUCCCAACGCUCUCGAGAAGGCUUUUCCUGCCUUCAGUUUCUGGGCUCUGGGAUGCCUUAACCGGCGGAAACUCCGCCCGUGAAGCCGUCAUCGCUGUUCGACGUGGAAUGCUUCUUUUUAGACAGGGUGAUGUUCUGGGUUCCUUAGUUGAGUUUGACAAGGCUAUUGAGCUUGAUCCUCGUCAGAAAGCAUAUCUUUGGCAGAGAGGAUUGUCAUUAUACUAUCUUAAUAGAUUUGAAGAAGGCGCGGAGCAAUUUAGACUAGAUGUUGCGCAAAAUCCAAAUGAUACAGAGGAGUCAAUAUGGUGCUUUCUUUGUGAAGCUCAAUUAUAUGGAGUUGAUGAAGCAAGAAGACGGUUUCUGGAGGUUGGUACAGAUCCCCGACCUGUCAUGAGGGAAGCCUACAACAUGUUUAAAGAUGGUGGUGACCCAGAAAAGCUCUGUCAAGCAUUUUCAAGUGGACGGGAGGGUGAAUUUUUCUAUGCUUCUCUAUAUGCUGGCCUUUAUUAUGAAUCACAGAAUAAGUCUGAUGAAGCUAAACUUCACCUAGUCGCUGCCUGUAAAUCUCCUUAUGGUUCGAGGUCUGAUGACUACAUGGCAUCGCUUGCCAAGGUUCACUGCAAUUGCCGAAGCUGGAGAUUCAGUUAACAAAUUAACUUAAACCUGGUAAGAAUUAUUCCGUAUUUACCAUACUGUGUACAUUGUAUACGUGUGUCAUCAGCAGCAUUCUUUGUGUAUCGAAACUGUUGAGAAUCAUGAAUUGAUUAUCCAAAUAAUUGUAAACUCACAAGAAUAUCUAAGUGAUUCUUAUGAUAUCUAUAUGGUUUGAUUUUGGA